UCUACGUCCAGCGCCGGAGCGGGAGGAAUGAUGGCGGCUGGCGAAGGCGAAGGCAUACAGAGGGAGGCCUCCGACGCUGCCUCCUGAGGGCCCUCCUCCGCCAUGUACGCGGCCUCCUCCCCUCCGUCCUCGCCGUCCCCGCGGAGGGACUUCGUCUCGGUCUCGCUGAGCCCCGGAGGCGGCUACCAGAACGGCAAGGCCUGGCGGAGGCGCUCCUGCUGGAGGAAAUGGAAGCAGCUCUCCCGUCUCCAACGGAGCUUCAUCCUCUUCACUUUCGCCUUCGUGGCCGUCUGCGGAAUCAUCACUUACGCCAACAUGGCCGAACCCUGGAAAAGCAUGGCCAACCGAUCUUUGGAGGAACAGAAACCCGACCUGGAGAUCCCCGGAUUAAAUCCAGCAAAUAAGGCAAUUCUUCCCAUUCCUAAGAAAGCCGACAGCAACCUCGGAGAUUUCUCGCUUCAAGUAAUCACUCCUUCCCCUAAACCUCCCAAGUUGCCUCCUGCCCGUCGUGGGCCUCCUAUCCUCCAGAUCAGGCCCCCUCGAAAAGAGGCGAGGAUGACUGGGCCGGACAGAGCAGCCAAGCCCAAGGGGGAGCCCAGCCAGGCUGAGAGAGGACACAGAACAGAGAAGUCUGUCAUCAGCUGGAGGGGAGCCGUGAUUGAGCCAGAUCAGGGCACAGAGCUGCCUUCCAGCAAAAUAAAGGAACCGGACAAACUCUCCCCGAUGGAACCUGAAGAACAAAAAGAGCCAGUCCCUCUGAAUGACCGCCAGAUGGCUGUGAUUGAGGCAUUCCGCCACGCCUGGAAGGGCUACAAGGAGUUUGCCUGGGGCCACGAUGAGCUGAAGCCCAUUUCCAAGUCCUUCAAUGAGUGGUUCGGCCUCGGACUGACCCUCAUCGACGCCCUGGACACCAUGUGGAUCAUGGGCUUAAAAGAAGAGUUUGCUGAGGCAAGAAACUGGGUCGCCACCAAACUCAGGUUCGAUAAGAACGUGGACGUCAACCUUUUUGAGAGCGCCAUUCGGAUCCUGGGCGGCCUGCUGAGCACCUACCAUCUCUCUGGGGACAGCCUCUUCCUAGAAAAAGCGAAAGAUAUUGGGAGCAGGCUUAUGCCAGCCUUCAACACCCCUUCGAAGAUUCCCUUCUCAGAUGUCAACAUCGGCCGGGGUACGGCCCACCCGCCUCGCUGGACAUCAGACAGCACCGUGGCUGAAGUCACCAGCAUCCAGCUUGAAUUCAGGGAGCUCUCACGUCUUACUGGGGAAGAGAAAUACCAGAAAGCUGUUGAUGGGGUGAUGAAUCACGUCCACACUCUGGCCGGCAAGAACGACGGGCUGGUGCCCAUGUUCAUCAACACCAACAGCGGGCAGUUCACCCACCUGGGGGUCUACACUCUGGGUGCCCGGGCGGACAGCUACUACGAGUACCUGCUCAAACAGUGGAUCCAGGGAGGCAAGAAGGAGAACGAGCUUUUGGAAGAUUACGUGAAAGGCAUCGAGGGAGUGAAGAUGCACCUUCUCCGGAAAUCCCAACCAAGGAGACUAACUUUUGUUGGAGAGCUUGCUCACGGCCGCUUCAGUGCAAAAAUGGAUCAUCUGGUGUGCUUCUUGCCCGGAGCCCUGGCGCUGGGGGCUCACAACGGCCUCCCCGCUGACCACAUGGCCCUGGCGGUAGAGCUGGCAGAGACGUGCUACCAGAUGUAUGCCCAGGUGGAGACCGGCCUGAGCCCAGAGAUCGUCCACUUCAACAUGCAUGCCCAGAAGGACCGGAAGGAUGUGGAGAUCAAGACGGCCGACAGACACAACCUCCUGCGUCCGGAGACAGUAGAGAGCCUUUUCUACCUGUAUAGAUUCACCGGUGACAAGAAGUACCAGGAUUGGGGCUGGGAGAUCCUGCAGAGCUUCAACAAAUACACACGGGUCCCUACUGGCGGCUACACCUCCAUCAACAACGUCCAGAACCCCAGCAAUCCUGAGCCAAAAGACAAGAUGGAGAGCUUCUUCCUGGGGGAAACGCUCAAGUACUUUUUCCUCCUCUUCUCGGACGACAUCAACUUGAUCAACCUUGACAAGUACGUCUUCAACACGGAGGCUCACCCCCUUCCUAUUUGGCCAUCGGCAUAAAUGAAAGGCGUGGGGCGCCUACCGUUCCCCCCCAAAUCUCAAAUGUGUACCUGCUUGCUGGGGUCUGAAGGGAGGUGCCCAGGAUGGCACAGGUUCGCCUGUUGUGUUGGAAGGGAAGUUUGGAUUGCGGAGGGUGAGUUUUCUGCCUGGCAUGAAGACACUCUGUCUCAUACACACAAACACACUUGUGUCUUACCUCCCUUUGGUGUCUCAGGCACAGAUGCCCACGAAGCCAGUGGUGGGCAAGGAGUAGGUUGCUCCCUGCUUGGCCCACAAGAGAUUUCUAGAAAGAGCAGGGCUUGCCUUGACCCUGUGAGCGCCACUGCGUUUUGCCACGGGAAGUCCCUCUGCUGGGAGACCCUUGGCUUCCCAAAAUCAUUCCGUUGGACAAGCCUGUACUGUGUCUGUAUGGUGGGGGCAUAUAAAAAGGGUGAAACCUAGGUGCCCUCGUUCCACAUUUAAAAUGCCAGGGCUGUGGGCAAAGGCUGUGAUCCUCCAGCAUCAUUCCAAGCACUGGGGCUAGUGCUUUUGGCAGGACGACAACACCACAACACUUUUACCUUUUCAGCAGCCUUAUACCUCUAGCGGCAUGCUAGUUUUGACAGAACACUCUGGACCAUCUUGCAGAAUUUGUAACCCAUUGCAAAUUGUGGAAGAACGCUAGAAGCAUAGAGGUUGCUGGUUUAGGUGGAGAGUAGCAUACAGACCAAUGGGUGUGGGUCACUGCUAUGCCGGCCCCCUGCACCGCCACUUAAUUUAUCUGCAGAAAUGCAGGAAGAUAAUGUGAAAAAAAUUGCAUUCUUGAAAAGAGGUGAAGGAGGGAGGGAGGGGGAAGAUAGCAUACGCAGGAGUUUAUAUACACACAUAUAUGUAUAUGUAAUAUAAAUGAUGUUUUGGCUCAGGUAUUCUAGACUUAACAAGCUGCUUUCUUGAGGCUGCAGGAGACCUGAAUAACGCUGUGGGUCACUGUGGUUUCCAUCCUCUGUAUCAAGACUGAAGUAGUAGCUGAGACAGUUGUUCUUUUGUGGGAAUGGUGUUGGAAUAUAUUGGCUCACAUUUUGCCCUCCCUUGAAGGAGGACUUGUCCUGCCUUGAAAACCAGAAAGAGGUUUUCGGUAUCCAAUUUCAGCAGUGCAAGAGGCCAUCCCUUUUGAGGGAGUUGGGUAGUAAAAAGGCCCUUAGCAGGAAAUAGAUCAAUGCAGAAUGCGUUAUUGAGUCUAUUCUCCUUGACCACUCUGCGUUCAUUUUGGUUGUCUUCAGUCCAGAUGAAUGGAUCAAACACAAAAAGAAGCCCAGUGCCCUGGUGGUUUUGAACUAACAGUGGAGAAAACAAACACUGGGAGGUGCAUUUUUUGAGGUCCGGGGGGGGGGGAGAUUUUGAGGGAGCAGGGCUUCGUUUGUGUCAUGCAUAUGAAUGCAGCUCCUCUUACUGAUUCUGUUGGGAGAAGCACAUCUCCGGAGUGAGAAGCGUACAGUGGCCGCGUUUGCUCCACAGAAGCUUUCCUGGUCUGCUGAGGUGCUUCUCCCGACUGCUUGGUCCGAGGAUCUGCUCUGCAAUAUCCAGUCAUUCUUUGUUAUUUCCCACCGUUUGGACUGUCGGUUGCAUAGCACUACAAGCAAAUAGUUUCUGAGGUUCAUCCUCCAGUUCCUUGUUUCCAAACAGCCCCCACCAUUCAGUCCGUCAUGGAAGUAUUCCCAGUUCAUAUCCUGGAGGGGAGUCUGACCAACUGAGAUGGAGCAGCUUCUAAAUAUAUAUCUAUAUAAGUGUUAGGGGACAGGGGACCAAAUUGGCAGAGUUUUUUCCUUUGCCAGCCUUCUUGGGAAGGAGAAGAGCCACACAAGAGAACGUUUCUGGAGUUGGCACCGGAGAACUGGAAAAUGUUUCUGGGAUUGAACUCCUUGCAGAUAUAUUUUAUUAAUCAUACGUUUGGGGAACUGUGGCAAUAGUUUGUAAGAGAGAGUCUUAUUGCGAGUGGGUACUCAUGGAAGACUGGCUUUGUCUUGAAUGAAAAAAGUGCGUACACCUGUUAAAAGGUCCUCUUAAGCCUCGUGGGUCCAGAAGGCAAGUUUUUCAGAGGCCGCUUGACCAGCGGCCAUGAGUCCGAUUGGUGAUCCAGGAUGCCCAUGGUUCUGGUUUCACUUCUGUCACUGACUUGCUGGGUGGCAGCAACCCUCACCCCCCAAAAAGGACAAGAAAGAUUAUGCUAGCCCUAUCUUCCAGAGUAAUUGUAAAGGUUCUUUUCUUUUUUGUCUCCUCCUGAUGAAACCAUGGACUUUCAGAGAAAUUUAUGAUAUAACAAUUGUUUUCAGUGACAUCUCUGUUUACUCUUGCAAAUUGGGCUGGGCCAUAAAGCACCAACUGAGCAGAGGUCCUUGUGCAUGCAUCACAUACAGGGGCACAUCUGUCUCCCUGAUGCCCACAUAUGUUCACUGUGGAAUUUAAAAGCCAUAUUCUAUCAUUGGGCUCCUGGCUGGCGCUUUGCUUCGAACUGGUGCCUUCUCUGUAUGAGGGGGAAGAGGGGGACGGGGAGACUGCAGAGUGAGAAGGCAAAGGCUUCCCCUUGAAAUCUAGUGGAAGCAGGGCAAGGGAGCUGCAGAAGCGUGACCAAGUCUCUUUGGGACUAUUGGGGAAACCUCUGCUGGAAUGGGAUCUCAGACUCCUGGCUCAUACCCUGAUGGUGAAGGCCAAAGGAAUAACUUGCCGGUACAGAAUCCUGAAUUCCCACUCUUCCCCCUGUGAAUCCCGGCUUUAAUGAGUAAGCUCCAUGUUGUGUUUCCCACAAAGGUCAAAGCUGUCCUUUCAUUCCACUCCUGAAACUCAGCAUUUCAGGAAAAUACAAUCUCUGCUUUCUCUUUCUUCCUUUUUGCAUUUCCAAGGCCUGCUAAACAUUCCCUGUUGAGUUUUCCACAUUUCAGUAUGGGCAGAUGGGGUGGAGGUGUGCAACCAGCAAUGUGUCUUACUUAAACACAUUGCUUAUUCUUCCUGCGUUGAAAGGACUAUGCAAAACAACAAUGCAUGUUGGCAGGAAGCAAGAGCCCACAUUUUAACAGCUGCCCAAGCUUGUGCUGCUAUGUUUGCUGCUUUGUGGCAAUGGAGCUGAGUGUGCUUUCCUGAGUCUCUCCUCUGCCUCAUUUCCCUGCAAAGCUGCUUUAAAAUCAUCUGCCUUCCUUCUUCCCCCAAACCCAAAGGCAUAUUACUGAAGCCUUACUGGUGUGUUAACUGGUCCACCGUACUUGUUUCAAUAGGAGAAUCCACCCCUUGUGAAUGUGCAAGAGAUUUUAAGUGUACCUCACUCUUUUCCCAAGAGGUAGGAGAAACACCCUUUUUAAAAAGAACAAAUCAGAUCAGAUUCCCUCGUUUUAGCCAGAAGCUAAUCUGCAGAAUUCUGUUCCACUUUAAUAAACCUGUAAUUUAUUUUGAAA